GGAUGGCAAAAUGGCGCCGAAGUUCAUAAUAACAGCGGAGUCUCGUUGAGUUGGUAAAGAUCACUUCGCUCCAUCAGUACCGAUCCAGCAGACUCUCCGUAGGUCUGGUGGAUUUUUAGCUAACGUUAGUAACCUUUUGUCCUGGGUGUUUUCCUCUGACUCGGCACACAGAGCCGUUCAGCUUAGCGUGUCUGGAUACGGACCAAACGAAGCAGGCCGACGUUAGCAACACGACGCUAGCGAGUUUAACGGGAACUAAGCGGUGUUUUGAAGCUUUUUCUGUCGAGUGAAAAUGUCUAAAGUCCAAAUGUUGAAAUCUUUCGUCAAUCAGCGACUAACAAGUAUCGAAGAAGAACUAUUUGGGCUGCUUGAUAGGACGAUAGCGGAGUACGAGGAGGAAGCUUCUAGGUUAAAGGAGGAGAACGAGCGACUAAAGAAACUAGUGGACGGUGUUUUCAAUCCGCAGCUUCGCUUACACAAAGCAGACGUCCAGCAGCUGUUGGUGUUUAAACAAGAGAAGCGGGAUUGGAGCUCCAAUCUGGACCAGGAGCCCCCCAACAUUAAAGAGGAACACGAGUACAUACAGCCCACCCACUUUAAAGAGGAACCCUGGAGCGGUCGGGAGGGAGAGCCGAUACAAGGCCCGGAGGAGGCUGAAAUCGAGGUCUCAUUCACUCCCGUGAGGAGUCGAGAUGAUGAAGAGGAAGCUCAGUCCUCACAGCUUCAUCAAACUGACACAGAAGCUGAUGGACCUUUCUGCUGCUCAGAGUGUGGUAAAUGUUUCACUCAAAGUGGACAUUUAAAGAUCCACAUUAGAUGUCAUACAGGUGAGAAACCUUUCAGCUGCCCGUACUGUGCUAAAUGUUUUACUCAAGUUGGAAAUUUAAACAGCCACAUAAGAUGUCAUACAGGUGAGAAACCUUUCAGCUGUUCAGAGUGUGGUAGAUGUUUCACUACAAGUGGAAAUUUAAAGAGCCACAUGAGAUUCCAUACAGGGGAGAAACCGUUCAGGUGCUCGGUGUGUGGCAAAUGUUUCACUCAAAUUGGAAAUUUAAAUACCCACCGUAGAUGCCAUACAGGGGAGAAACCUUUCAGCUGCUCAGACUGUGGUAAAUGUUUCACUACAAGAGGAAGCCUGAAGACCCACAUGAGUGUUCACAAGGGAUACAAACCUUUCAGCUGGGAUUCGAGUCACCCAGAAGUAAACCCCCAAUAGUUGUUUUGAUAUAUUUGACCUUGCUUCCUCAGGGGGAUUGAGAUGGUGACCCUCUUCUGAGUUUCCUGACAGGUGACUUGGCUCAAUGCCGAUGUGGAAGUUGACCACACAGUGGUUGAUAGUCUUCAAGAAACGGUCUUCCUACUUUUAUAUACUUUCAGAAACAGAGGAGCGACCGCUGGACGUCCGUCGUACAUUUGACCUCUGUCCUGACUAACAAAGGACAUCUUGGAUCAACAAGUGAAAUCAAAAGAAGCUGUCUGUCCACAGUGUGCCUUCUGGUGUGAAGUUAGAUAAAGGCGGGGAAAGUGAAUAGGAAUUCACUCAUUGGAAAGGUCUAACUAAAUCCUAGCACACUUUGUGUGAUCUGAAGCGCACAGCUGGAAUAAAUAAAUCUCAUCACAGCAAUAGUUAUUUAGUUCACACAAGGGAUUAGCAUGGAAACGUGUUCCCAUCCACUGGGCGUGACGUCAUCUGAAGGUGAACUCUGUGCGUUUGCGGUUCUUAGAGCAUUGCCAUGUGCUAGGGAUCGAUUGCUUCUGUCUCUACUGGACCUGUCCUGCUUGAGAAUGGGGCUUAUUUUGGUUGUAGGGCAGGAAAUGUGGAAAUAUGGUGUGGGAAAUUCAAUGCUCAUAACUCGUCAUGGGGGAGUGGAAGUACCGAUAGCAAUGGCCAAAGCAAAGAACUAUUAAAUGCAAGGAAUGUAGUUUGUUAAAAUGAUGGGAGUAAAACAAGGAUACAUAUUAGUACAAGAAAGUGGCACAGCAAUAACAAUCUGCAAACUAGAGAUGAAAACAUGAUGUAAUGAGCUACGACUGGUGCAGCACUCCAGUGAACAGACCAGCACGGUUAAAGAAAUGAGUGAAAUUUUCUAAAGAAAAUCCAGUAGGCUUAAAGAGGACCAGGAUGACCAGGAGAUGAAGAUGAGCAUCUCUGCAGCAGUCAGAAGGGAGAGCAGCUGCAAGGGCUCAAGGAGGCUGAUAUUACGGUUUCAUCCACUCCUGUGAAGAUGAUGAAGAGGAAGCUCAAUCCUCACAGCUUCAUCAAAGACAAGUUGAACAGUCUAGAUAUUUACAACUAUCUAGUAAUGACAAAGCCUCACAAUGUUACCAAAAACAAUCAGAAGGCUGUGACAAUUGGAAUGAGACUAGUGAACCUCAGUCAUGUUUAAUAUUCAUUAAUGAAGAUGUUUCCGUCAGUGAUUAAAAAAAAUUAUAGUACAGCUGAGUGGUAAAUGUUUCACUCUGUAACAGUCUGAAAAUUCACAUGAGAGUUCACACAGGAGGGAAACCAUUCACCUGCUCAGAAUGUGGUAAAUGUUUAAUGGGUUUAAAGACACAUGAUAUACAGGUGAGAAAGUGUUCAGUGUGGUAAAGGUUUCGCUGUGGAAGCCGGAAGAGACUCAUCAGAGAGAACUCAAUCGCUGAAAGUGGUCGUUUUUCAUUCAUAUUUUUCUCUCCAUCUCUAAAGCUGAUCCUGGACUCUCAAUUCCUUAUAUGGUCAUAAUGAGGGAAACCUAAUACAUAAUGAAGGAAACUGCUACGCCCUCAGGGGAUGGAG